UUUGUUUACUUGAGAUGAAAUCGUAAUCAUUACGAUUUAUUAUUAUUUGUUUUUUUUUUCCUAUUAUCUGAUACACGGCCAACUUGGAAAUUAAUAAACAAAACUAUGUUCAAAAAUUAUAAAUUAUUAACCGAUGUGGUAUCUUUAAUCGUUUAUUGUCCUCCGGAAAAGUCUUUUCUAGUAACGAGAGAAGCCAGUGGAGAGUUGUGGAUCCCAUCCAGUACUUGUGAAAAAAAAUGUUGGAAGUUGGCAGCUCAUAAGAUUAACUUCGAUCUAUUUGGAGUAGACGCGGGUCCGCAAUGCGUGCCGCUCCGCGUAUACAAGGUCUGGCUGCCGAACCACCCUCAGUCCAGCAUCUUCCACGUCAUCUACAAGGUUUCCGUCAAGUCUGACGUCAAGAAGAGAACGAAAAACAAAACUAAUUCACGCAACCGCAUCCAAUGGCUUACCAUGGUAGAGCUGGAACGUCAGCGCGCGCACGCCAUGCUGCGAAGUCCAGAAGUAGUGAUCUUCGCGCUCAUGAGUAUCGGUGAAAAGGCAAACGAAUUGGAUAUUAUGAAAACAGAAAGCGGACACUUGGUGGAAAUCUGCGAAGACAACCUGAUAGUCGGUACCGAUGUGGCCGGUGGCGCUGUGGUACUCACUUCUCCAAAUUACCAGCUGCUUCAGGCGGCCAACUAUGGGCAUGACGAUCAGCUGCGCUUGUAUCAAGAAUUCGUUUUAAUGGUGUACCCUGCAAUGUUCAUGAGCCAGAACGUCUUCACGCAGUUCAUGGUCGAAUUGGGCUGGCAAAGGUCUCAGUGUAUCAGUUUAUUUCGCUCCUACCUCGACAGUUCAGCUGACGUAACGGGCAGAGGAGGUCUGUCCUUCCAAGAGUUUAUGCUCUGGUCUGCGGCCUUGGAACCACACACUACUCAUGGAGGUGUACCGGCCGAAAUACGUUGCAGAUACAUUUUCAGGUACUUUGACAGCAAUCGAGACGGUAAGCUGGAGUACGUUGAGUUCAAGGAACUGGUGGGGGCGACCCGAGCAGCGCGCCAGCUCCCCGGGGACGCGCUCAGUCUCGCCAGGGACGCCGACCUCUGUCUCAGGCAGUUAGGAAUGCAACCGAAUUCCCAGUUGCCGCUUGCUGACUUCCUGCGAGGUGUUGGCGAUCUCCUCCUUCGCGGGACCAGCUCCUUACUCCGAUCUCCGAGGAGUAUAGCGGGAUAUAUAAUGGAUUUGCACGCAAGAGAAAAUGAUAUAAACCAAUCGAAUACCCCUUCCGCGUCCAAAGUGCCAGCGACCCCCACCGAAGUUGCAGUAACAACAGGCUCUACGUUUAUCGACAUGGCUCGGCAUUCGGCCGCGAUUGCACACCGAGCUCGUCCUAACGCCGCCGACCACUGUCUAGCUUCGUACACUGUCGUCCUGCGUCGGAAUCAGCCGGUUGAGAUUCAACGGCUUAGUGGAUUUGAUGAAGAUGCAGCGAGCUCAUCUACCACACGCCUGAUCAGCGGCCCGUCUCGCUCCUACGAGAUGUUGAAUUCUACUUCACUGCCUUCUGAAGCGUUAGCCGCUGUACACUACUUCGCCUCUUCGAUCGAGAAACCAGUGCAGAAACGCAAUUCAGUAAGUGGGACUAUACAGAAGCCGGCGUGGUCGUGGGUGUCUCCGGCGGAGGAGACGUCGCUGGGUUCCAUGUUGCUGAAGCUAGCGGUGGCAGUUUUACCGAUUUGCGCUUCGGAACCAAGGCUGUUAAGGAUACAGUCGCCAGUUUAUAUUUUAGGAGAUCUCCACGGAAAUCUGACUGCAUUAUUAGAACUGGAGAGAGUUCUUUGGCCUUCGGAAGCAGGACUGUGGCCUCGGGUGCUGAUUCUCGGUGACUACGUAGACCGCGGUCAGUUUGGUACCGAGCUGGUGGCGUGGUUGUUCGCCAGUAAACUCCAGCGGCCCGAUGCUAUCCUGCUUCUACGAGGGAAUCAUGAAACAAGGGAUAUACAGAAGAUGUUUACUUUCUACAACGAAUGCGUCGCAAAAUACGGCGAAGUGGAAGGUGUUAGAAUAUGGAAUGCCAUUAACAACGUUUUUGAUGUUCUGCCUUUGGCUGCUGUGGUUGAUGACAAGGUCUUCUGCUGCCACGGAGGUAUUCCUCCUCCAUGGGUGUGUCCACUGAUCACAGCUAUUGAAAAGAUACCUACACCGUUGCCGAAGCCGGCUGAACAAAGUUCACUUGCUUGGGAACUUCUUUGGAAUGAUCCUGUUAGACAAGGCAAAAUAACGGCCAGCUUAGCGCUAGAGUUGUCAGCCAACGAGGGCUUUGCCGCCAACGCCAAGCGCGGCACGGGACACGUCUUCGAUAGUGCUGCGCUCGACCGGUUCCUGGCGGCCAACUUGCUGUCGCACGUCGUCAGGGCGCACGAGAUGUACAACCACGGCUUUAUGUGUCAAAUGCACGGUCGUUUAAUAUCAGUGUUUUCAUCCUCGCAUUACUGCGGAGGGAAGAACGACGCUGGUGCGGUACUAAUAGACGCCGGAAAACUUAGGAUGAUCAAGGUCAGCGUUGACUAAUCUCGUCCGCGGCUCAGUGUUGCCCGAUCAGACUAAAAUGUUACUGUUUUAUUACGAGCCUAUUGUAAUUGUGAAAAACAAAAGUCAAGACUCUUAAAUCGAGAGGGCAAAAAUGAAAAUGAAAAAGACAAAAUGUUACGUCUAAAAUCUGUAUUUUUUGUACUGAAAUGUGUUUUAUAGUUUCUAAUAAAACAACCAAAAUAGA